AAGUAUUUUUUAUUACAGUUUUUAUAAUUAUUAUUUUUUAAAUUAAACAUAAAGAACUCUGUCAAAAAGUUAUAAGAUCUUCUAUUAUGGAAAGAUUAGACAUUCCUGAUUAUACUUGGUCAGAAAAGGCAAAAGAAAGUAAUGCCCAAUUAGAAAAGUACAGUCUUAGCAAUAAUUGGGAGAGAUAUAUAUUAAAUUCACAGACUGGUAAAAUAAGAACUUACCUUUAUUUUGGUAAUGAAAAAGUAUUUUAUGGAGCCAUGUUUUUUUCUGUCAAAGAACAAGCUGCUAAAUGGUCUGUAACAUAUGGUCCAUGGUCAAACAACGGAGCAGGAAUAGUUCACGGAGGUCUUAUUGCUACUCAUCAUGAUGCAAUAACUGGUAUUUUGGCUGAAAAUUGUUUUGGAUCAUGUCUAACUGCUAGUCUUAAUGUCAAUUACAAAAGUCCAAUGCCAGUUGGAUCAACAUUUUUGUUUGAGUGCAAGGUUGUAAAAGUGGAAGGACGAAAAAUUUUUCUUGAAAGUAAAAUAAAUAACUUCGAAACUAACAAACUGGUAGGUGAUGCCUCUGCUUUAUAUGUAUUGGUUGAUAAGGAAUCAUCCUUGUAACAAAGUUAAAAACAAAACUACACGAGUUUAGAAAUUGAAAUUGAUAACAAAUUUUUCAAAAGCUAAUACCUGCUACAAAAUUGAAAUUGAUAAAAAGUUCUUCAAAAAAAGCUUGUAUCUGCUAUGCCUGUGCUUCUGUAAAAGAAAGUAUUGUUUUAUUUUCAAA